AGCACGCCCAAUCUGUGACAGGAGAAAAACACUGCUCAGUGUUCACAGCUCUGAUUUGUUGUGUUGUAGUGUUUGGCGGCAAAAGGGCAAACUACUACAUGAGUGUUUUCUAAGAAUAAUAGUGCUUAAUAUUGUGCUUGGAAUAGAAGUACGAAGAUGGAGGACUUCAAGGAAGGAAUGAUCGUUCGCAUUUUUUGUGAAGAUUUCCUAACUUACAAGAGCAUAGAAUGUCAUCCUUGUGCCAAAUUGAACAUGAUUGUUGGUCCAAAUGGUACAGGAAAGUCGUCACUGGUCAAUGCCAUCGUUUUGGGACUUGGAGGGAAAAUAAAUGUCAUUGGUCGAGCAAAACAGCUCUCUGCAUAUGUAAGAAGAGGAUGUCAAACAGCAAAAAUUCAAGUUGAACUCUAUAGUGAGCCACGUAACUACAUUAUUUGCCGCAUAUUUACUGUAGAUAACAGAAACAAUUGGUGGAUAAAUGGAGAACAUGUUUCGCUAAAGCAGGUAGAAACACUCAUUAAAAAAUUAAACAUUCAAGUUGAUAACCUCUGUCAGUUCCUGCCUCAAGAUAGGGUUCAGGACUUUGCCAAAAUGGAUUCUAAACAGCUGUUGGAAAACACGCUCAAAACUGUUGGUAGUACAGAAGUUGUGGAGUUGCACACAGAUCUGAAAGAAUUACGUGAGGAGGAAUUAAAAUUGGGUGUAAAAACAAAUGAAAAGAGGAAACAACUAGAAUCAGAGAAAAAGAAGAUUGCAAGAUUGGAGACUGAAGUCCAGGCAAUUAAAGAACGAGAGGAGACCUUAAAGGCAGUAAAAAUGGUUGAAAAGAAGAAGGCUUGGGUGGAAUUCAAUGACAUAGAAAAACGCAAAAAAGAGGUUCUUCUAGACAGAAAUAAGAUACUGGAGUUGAAGAAAACAGCAGAAAAAGAUCUGCUUCCUUAUGAGAAAGAAAUACAAGAGACCAAAGAAACAAUGAAACUGGUUGAAAAAUCUAUUAACAAAGAGAUCAAAAUUGGCGGAGAAAACUCAUCAGCUAUGAGAAGGAAGUUUGAUGGUGUGUCAAACACUGAUGACCAGAUUCAUAGCGUUAGAAAUGAACUUCAGAGAAAGCUGGACACAGAGAUGAAGAGGACCCAGAGGAUAAGUUCUUUGGAGGAAGAAAUUCACAGGCUGGAGUCUGUUAUAGAUCUCAGAAAAGAAGCAACCCUGGAAAAGCAAGUGAGCCAGCUGUACCCACAGAUGUCGAAUAAAAACAACAAAAUUUCCAGGCUACAGAAUAUGUUACAAGAGUUGGAAGAAAACUUAUCUGAAAUGAAUCGGAGCAAAUUAAGGAUGGAGGGCAUGCUUCAAAAGGAAUUGAAUGCAUCGAAUAAGAAAUUGCAGAUACUAUCUCAGCGAUUUCAUGAUACUUACUCAGCUUACGAGUGGCUACAGAAAAACAGAGACCAGUUUCGGUGCAACAUUUACAGUCCUAUCUUGUUAGAGAUCAGCUGCAGAGAAGAUGUGGCUAAGUAUGUGGAGUUUAUCAUACCACAUAGGGAUUUGACAGCAUUUGUCUGUGAGGAUAAAGACGAUAUGAACAAAUUCAUGAGAAUGGUCAGAGAUGAAAUGGGUUUACGAAUUAACGUCGUUCAGGCGACACAAAAUUUCAGCAGGCCUGUUCGAGAGAACUUUCAGCCUCGCCAAACAAUCGAAAGCCUCGGGCAGUUUGGGUUUUGGAGCUUUAUUAUUGAUCAGAUAAAGGGCCCAGAUCCUGUGCUAAAUUACCUUUGCCAAACUUAUGGCCUACAUCAGAUCCCAAUCGGAGAUAAGAAGACAAACACCUUGCAGGAUCAGAUUCCUGAUAAUAUCAGGAGUUACUUUUCAGAUUCACACCACUACAGUGUGAGGAUAUCAAAAUAUUCUGGGGAAAAAUCAUCACGUAUAGUCAUUGUGAAACCAAGUGUCCUUCUGGCCGGUUCUACCAACCAAACUCUUAUCUCUGAAUACACGAAAAGUAUUAUGAAAGAGGCAGAUAAAAUAAACAAAACAAAACAUGAUAUAUUGGAACAAAAAGCUGCCAUGGAAGUUGCGGAACGUGAAAUUAAUGAAUUGAGAAGUCAGAAAAGGAAUAUGGACCAGGAGUUGCAAAGUUUACGCACAGGAAGAACAAAGCUGAAAAUGAGGAAAGAAGAGUUGGAUGCCUACAUCAGAGAAGGUGCUAUUGAUCCAGAAUUAGAAAAAGUAAAAGCACAGAAGAAAAUAGCAGAACUAGUGGUUAAUGUAUGUAAGGACCAGUCAAAUGUGAACAGUUAUUUGAAAAACUACCAGGAUAGCCUUGUGAGGAAUAGUUUGUUUAAGCUGAAACUUUCCAUGGUCCAGGCUGUGCUGGUAAAGAAACAGCAAGAAAGUGCAGCGGCUUCAAAAAAGGUUGAAGAUUUUAAGAGGAUGUUGCUGAAUUCUGAAGAAAAAGUACAGAGAGCACAGAUAGAGUAUAAGAGAGCCCACGAGAAUGCCCUAAAAUUGACAGAUGGUCUUAGUCCAAAAGAUGCAGCUUUCAAGAGGAAAUAUGAACAACAUUUUGCCUCUCUGCCAGACAGCAUAGAUAUGUUGGAUACAGAGAUCUCUAACUUGACUGCUAGAGCCGACUGUCUGGCUGGUGGUAGAAUAUCUGUUCUUGAGGAAUACGAGAAGACCAAGAAACUAAUAGAAAAUUUGGAAAAAGAUGUUGCGAAUCCAGAAAAGAAAUUGAAAGAGUUAAAAGAUAACAUGCAGCGGAAGAGAGAUAUAUGGAUUCCUAAAGUGCUGGGACUCAUAGAAAGAAUAAACAACAACUUCACAACGUUUUUCAGUCUGAUGAAAUGUGUAGGUGAAGUAUCCUUGGAGGUUCCUGAGGAAAAAUCAGAGUACAGCAAAUAUGGGAUCUGCAUAAAGGUGCAGUUCCGUGAGAGCAGCAGACUGCAACAGCUUGGCCCCCAUACGCAGAGUGGGGGAGAGCGAGCAGUGGCCACUGCCAUCUACAUGUUGUCUCUGCAGGAGCUCACCACUGUGCCUUUCCGCUGUGUGGAUGAAAUCAACCAGGGAAUGGACGAGUACAAUGAGAGGGUUGUAUUCAAGCUUAUGGUCAGUACAGUUGAGAAAGCAAACUCGGCUCAGUGCUUCCUCCUAACUCCUAAGAUUUUACCUUCCCUUGAUUACUCGGAGAACGUGCAUGUUCUCUGUAUCUACUCUGGACUCUUGAGUUUGAGCCAUACUGAACUGAAUAUUACCAAGACCAUGAAGAAUGCCAGGAGACUCAGUGACAGAAUGAGGAGGGAAUCAUUAAAACGCAAACACAGUGACUCCGACAAUUCAGACUGAUGGGUGUCUAUUGUGUAAAACACAAGUAUUCCGUAUUUUGUUAUUUUAAGGAUUAUUACAGCCAAAGAACUGAUUAAGUGCAAAAUUUCUAGAAACAACAAUUUUGUUGUACUUUUUAUCACCUAUACCAAAAAUGUGCCUUGAUACCUCAUGAUAAUAUGCGCUCAACUAUGCAUUAUAAAUAAUCCGCAAAUCAUUUCCAUACUCAAAAUGUUGUGCCUAUUGGACAAAUUCUGUAAUGAAUAACCACUUACUAAACUGUGGAUGUCUUAUUUGCUUGGUAUCAAAUGUUUCAGUUAGCAAUAGUUAUGUGUGGUACAUUACACGCUGUCAAUGUUCUAAUAAAAUUGACCUCAUUUGGAUUUUUGUGAAUGAAAAAUAA